UCCACCGAAACCAACUGUGUUUAUUUCUGGUGUAAUUGCAAGGGGUGAUAAAGACUUCCCUCCAGCUGCAGCACAAGUGGCCCACCAAAAACCACAUCCCUCUGUGGAAAAACUUCCUCCCCCACAACAUGUCAAUCAAUACAUCCAUCAGCCCCGUAAAUGAAUUGCCUGUCCCAGACCAGCCGUGGUGUUUUGCAAAUGGAAAGAUUUAAGAGAUUUCUACUACCAGAUCUUUUAAAAAUGGGUAUCUUCUGCUUUUGCCUUAAUUCCUAUGGUUUAAAUGGUUUAAUGAAGGGGAGGGGAGAGUAGAAAGAGGGGAAAUCAAUUUGUUCCCAGCUGAAAAGCAGUGUUUUCUGCACUGCCAGUGAAAAAUGUUGCGACGCAACACACUGUGGAUAGAUUAGGUUAGUAAUUUCUUGGAAUGAUUAUUUUAAGCUUUUUCUAUUCUUGGGUAUUGGCAUUCCAGGAACAUGUUAAGGAAGUUGUAAUGGCUUAUAACUUUUUUCUUGCUCUUUUCUAAUGAAUUUUUUUUUAAAAAAACAUGUGUGAUUCAGAUUUCAUUUGGAUUGUUCUUGUUCUGUUCUUAAAUGUCUUUCAGGAAGAACUAGCUGCUUAUAUUUUUUUUAAUGAAUAAUCUGAAAUGGCAAAAUUUCUCUUGCAAUAUGUCGUCUUUUAAGAGAAUGAUCUUGCAGCUCUGGCAACGUAGGCAAGCGUUCUGAUUAUAGCCUGGCUCUCUGCAUUUCUUUCCAGAUUAAUAGAAGAGUGAGCGAGAAAUUAAAAGAUUGUAUGGCUCUGCUUGUUGCUUAAUUUUUAGAUACUCCUGAGGUUUUAUCACCUUUUUCACCUUUUCAAAAAGGUUUUUACAUAUGCAGGAAUCAGAUAUGCAGUCUUUCCUACAAAUAAAACUGACGAUUACGGUACAUGGAAA